CGAUACUAUUAUUAGUUUGUGGUUUUCAGACUCCUUGUGCUCCACUACAAAACGAGCUCUCGACUCAUCAGAACAAAUCAGAAAACAAAAACAAAAAAGAGGAUAAACAUAAAAAGAAGCUACAAAAAAAAAUUAUAAGUAUCAAUAAGGUAAACUACAAUAAAAAUGGUCCGCAUGCGUAAACCAAAGGCGUUGUUUGUUGUACUACUAGUGGUUUUGGCCAUCUCAGUAGCAAAGGCUGCCAAGGAUCUCAAAGAAAAAGAUGCUGGAGUCCCAAGAAACUUAAGUGAAGACGAUAAUCCUAUAAAAGAUGGAAAAGAUGGGAAAGAUGCAAAAGAUGGAAAAGAUGCAAAAGAUGGAAAGGAUGGAAAAGAUGCAAAAGAUGCAAAAGAUGGAAAAGAUUCAAAAGAUGGAAAAGAUGCAAAAGAUGGAAAAGAUUCAAAAGAUGCAAAAGAUGAAAAAGAUGCAUCUAUCGGUUCCAAAAUAAAAGACAAAGUCAAAGGAGCUGCUGCGUCGGUUGCAUCAGCUGCAUCUAACGCAUCUUCUGCCUCAGCUGCAUCUGUCGCUUCUGCUGCCUCGGCUGCAUCAGGUAAAAUCAAAGGAGCUGUUGCACCUAUUGGUGAUAAGUUGGGAAUCAAAGGAGGCGCGCCAAGCGGUCCAUCAAUGGAUGUUAAAGCAAGUGGAGCUAAAGGAGAUGGCAAAACUGAUGACAGUGCGGCAUUUAUGGAUGUAUGGAAAAAAGCAAUUGCAGCAACAACACCAACAACGAUUUUAGUGCCAAAGGGUGACUACAUGGUGGAAACCUUAGAACUCGAAGGUCCAAGCAAAAGUCCCAUCACUUUCGAAAUGCAAGGCAAUCUUAAGGCUCCAUCUGCUGUCACUACCCGAAAACCGCAUAGUGGAUGGGUUAAUUUCAAAAAACUCGAGGGCUUCAUUUUGAAUGGAAACGGAGCCAUUUUUGACGGUCAAGGCUCAGUGGCUUGGAAGGUCAAUGACUGCAAACAAACCGGCAAAUGCAACAAUCUCCCCAUCAACAUCCGACUUACGCAACUCACUAACUCGCAAAUUUCCGGCAUAACAUCAACAAACAGCAAACUAUUCCACAUGAACAUCCAUCAAUGCAACAACGUAACUCUUACAGAUGUUCAUAUUGAGGCACCACCUGAGAGUCUCAACACCGAUGGUAUCCACGUCGGAAAGUCCGUAGGCGUCACCAUAAGAGGGUCAAAGAUUAGAACCGGAGAUGACUGCAUUUCCAUUGGAGGCGGUACUGAAAAUUUACUUGUCGAGGGCGUAGAAUGUGGACCAGGACACGGUCUUUCCAUCGGAAGUCUUGGAAAGCACCCUAAUGAGCAACCAGUGAAAGGAAUCACCAUUCGUAAAUGCAUCAUUAAGCAUACCGAUAAUGGUGUUCGUAUCAAAACAUGGCCUGGAUCUCCCCCUGGUCUCGUCUCCAACGUUAUUUUUGAAGAUAUCACCAUGGACAAUGUUAGCUUGCCCGUUCUCAUCGACCAAGUGUACUGCCCUCAUGGCAAAUGCAAAAGUGGGGCAUCAAAAGUACAGUUGGAGAACCUGAACUUCAAGAACAUUCAUGGCACAUCAUCAACAAAGAUUGCUGUGCAACUAAACUGCAGUCCAGGCGCUCCUUGCCAAAAAGUUACUUUGUCUGACAUAAACUUGGUCAGCAGCGGUAAAGAGGGUGCAGCUGUCUCGGCAUGUUCUAACGUCAAGCCUAUUGUCACCGGGAAAAUGAUUCCACCGGCUUGCACCGAAGAAUGUAAACCGGAUAAAAAAUAAUUCGCUUGCCCACCAAGCUUUCAUCCGAUCUGGUGGAGAUGAUUCCAUUAGAUGGAGUAUUAAAUUAUGUCAAGUUUUUUUUUGUCGAAUAAAUAGGCAAUAGUCCCUUUACGCUUGGAGUUUACCAGCUAAAGAGUGACUAAUGACUGAGUAGUAAUUAAUGUACGAUUCGAAUCAUGCGAGAAUGUUUAAACUUUUAUUUAAUAAAGGAGGACAUCAUUGAAUAAUUUA